CACCGAAAACCGAAAUCAAUUAAUUGCAUAACCUACAAAACAAACUCGGGUGAACUCGACUGUGCGUAGCAGCAUUUAUGGAGUUUAUUCAAUAAAUCGUAAUCAAAUCAUAGGGCGGAUGAAUCAUUUAAAAGUAGAGCGCAAUUUAUUGGGAAGUGUAACUCCUAAAAGGUGAAGCUUUAAAAAUAUGAACAAGCCUGUUAUGUAAUUCGCGCUCCUAGAAGACGAAUACGAGUGUUCACAGUGUUUCGUUGACAUCUCGACUGGAAUGUUGUCCUCGACGUCAUCGACGUCGUCUGCAGGGACUGGCGUCCCCGCGUCUACAAGCGUUCCUUCCCUCAUGCCAGCGAGUCCGAGUGGAGAAAUUUGUGAUGAAAGUUCUAACAAAUUCGCGUUGUAUUUGAAUCGGCUGGCUGGUUACACUGACGAUGAGGAACAUUAUAUUUUAAAGGAUCACUGCUACGCAAGGCCAUGGAACUGGAAACCAGAGAAUAUUUAUGUGAAACCAGCAAAAAAAAUAUUCUUCAGCAAGUCUGUAGACUCAAAACGAGUAAAACAAAAUUGGGAUGAAUAUGUUGAAGUGGAGGAAUGUCCAGUGGAGGAUUCUCUCCCCAAGCUUUAUGACUUGACUCGAAGUCGUCUUCAGAUGGACGAGUUCCAACGGCUGGCAAAUUUUGCUCGACCGGAGGAAGACGACGGCGAUUGGGAGGAGAAAAUUGAAAAAAUUUUAUGGCUGCCGGUUCAUCAUCGAAUAUUUUCUAAAGUCAUGAGGAUUCUGACGUCAGAGCGAUUGGCACGCUUGGCAAAAUCCAAUUGUUCAACAGAGCCCAUAUUUAGACGUAACUCGGUGGAUACCGCGGCGAGAAGAUUCCGUGAAACUCUGGCUUCUACCGGCUGGAAUUCCAAGACAACACAAUGGCUACAUGGACUUCUCUUUGAACAUUUGCCUCGAGAGUAUCUGGCAAUUUAUCUUGACAUUUUGCAAACGUUGAGAGUAAAAAUACCCCAACUGAUUGAUAGAAUGAUGUCUGUGCAACCCAGUAUUAAUGGAAAAUCAGGAUCUAUCACGUGGGAAACUCUCGGAUCGCUUCUAAAAAGAUCUUGGGAUCCUCUCGCAUCAUCUCUCAACUCUCAUAGACCGACAAAAUUACCGGGUAAUCCGAUCUUAAUAGUCGCUCCAUCGGGUAUCAAUACUAACGUUUCUUCUCGACAACAUAAAUGGAUCACUCAAUUGGGCAAUCUCGGUAUGGUUGUUAACGUUCAUACGCAUUUGGGGCUUUCAGCGAAUAGAAUGACGAUGAUGACUUGUAUGGAGCAACUCGUUCAAGCCACGAGAGCCAAAAUACAAGAUGUUAGAGUAGAUUGCCCUGGUAGACCGAUCAUUAUGAUUGGCUUUAACAGCGGAGCUGCUCUGGCUUGUCAGGUAGCGCAAAUGGAGCAUGUUACUGCAGUAAUAUGUCUGGGAUUUCCAUUCACGACGGUGGAAGGAAAGCGCGGAACAGCGGACGAUACUCUGAUGGACAUGAGAUGUCCAGUCAUGUUCGUAAUCGGUGAAAACGCAAGUUUGGUAGCGCCAAGUGAUUUGGAGGAUGUGAGAGAGAAAAUGUUGGUUGAGACGAGCCUCUUGGUGGUAGGAACUGCGGACGAUCAUUUGAGAAUAACAACAGCUAAAAAAAUAUCGGAUGGUAUAACGCAGGCUAUUGUUGAUCGAUGUAUUAUGAACGAAAUCGGUGAUUUUGUCGCGAGUAUAUUGUUGCAACCGCAUCCGCUCCCUUUGCGUCCGGUUUCAUUGCCGAGUUGUGAAAAUACAAGAACUACGAAGAAGGAACCGCGCAAGAGGAAAAUCUCCACGAGCAGCUCCGUCGACAGCGAGUCCAACUCACCGAACGUUAAAAAAUCUCGACCGCCAACUCCCGUCACAUCCUUCACAAUGUCUUCGAACAACACAGCUCCGAUCUCCGUCGGCCCGAGGCCCUUACCUCUCGGAAUUUCACAAUCGACUCAUACAGCUUGCGUAUCGACUGGAGUUUCAUCUAGCGCGACUCAAACUCCGAUACAAAGGAAAAAAACCAAAGUCCCCAAUUUUCAGAAAUACAGUUUCUCUGAUAAAAUCAUUUCAUCGAGAAGCUGCUCUCAGCAAACCACGUGUUCCAACGGUGGAAUAACGCUCAAUAUCGGAUCUCUCGCAAGUUUAGCUCCAAUAGGCCCCAUAAAACUCACACCGACUGGAAUGGCUCAAUCUCUCACUCCUGCGCUCAACACUAAUCUCAAAGGAACUCUUACCUCUCGAUCGCCAAUGACUUUGGCGAAAAUCCCUAAAAUUGUACAAACAAAAAUGCCUCAGCUAAUGAACACGAAAAAUAAAACGAACCUCCAGAUUCCGGGAAAAGGUCUCUCGAAAGUUAUUCCUCCGAAUUACAACGCUAGCGGAAAUGACCUUAAAUCUGUCAACUCUACAACUACGAUUGCUGCUAAUGCAGCGUCGCAGACUAAAAUGAGUGUGAACACGAGUACGAGCGGAUCCUUGACAGCAUUGCUACAAUCCGGUAAAAAUACUCUUGGAGUCGUUGGUACGAAUACGAUGACGUCACACGGUAUUCCCACAUCAUCCGGAAGCAUUCUUCUAACAUCGGCUAUUGGAAGCGGUUCAAUAUCCAGUACAAUGUCUUCGGCACCAACCCCAAAAGUGACGGAGAUGGGGACAGGGAUCGAUGGGGAAACGAACGAGUGCAGACUUUCAGGGAAUUCACCAAUGAAAAAUCAUCAGUCUGAUUGUUUGGGAGGAUCGUCGCCAAUGCUGUUACCAAUAACGAAUAAAACGCCAAUAACGAUAUUGCCCAUGUCGGGUCAAAGGGCUAAAACAUUGGGGAAGAGUCAUUCGAAGGCAGUGCCAAAAAUCACGUUGAACAGUCACAAUCUUCAUAAAUCUCAUUCUGUUGUACAAUCGUCGUUGUCGUUGAAGAAGAGUUUGGACAUAGACGAAGAUCUUGGCAAUAUUCUCGACAUUCCAAUAAUAUUUGCCAAGGACGGUGAUAAUCUUGGUUUGAUAGAAAAAGUCCCAACACCACCGAGGCAAAUUCACGUUUCAACAAACGUCGACACAGUGGAAAAGACCGUCAAGCGAUUAGGUCCAACGACGAAAGUUGUUCUCAUAAGCAACAAACAAGACAAGACAAAAAGUAUGAACCAACCGAGCUCGAAUUUUGUUAGACCUUCGAUCAACAAUCAAACGGUUACGUCUCAUCAAGUCAUUCUACAUCCACGCUCUUCGCAGACUCAAUCCCCCAUUUCCAUUGGCACUGACUGGCAUGGUUUACCUUUACAAACGAUAUCACGAUCCGGUAACCAACCUACCAUCAAAUAUACCAAGAUUAUAUUAGCCAAAAGAAAUUCUGAUCUCUCCAUCAAUUCAAAUAAAAAUGAACCAAUUGUUCUGACAAAAACUAUGCCGAAAGCAGCAAACGUGACGAUUCAAGAGAAAACUGAACACAGAUACGCUGCUCAAAUUCCUAUGACUUCAACAACUUCCAGUUCACAAGUUAACGAUACACUGGAAAUCGAAGAUGUUAUCAAAACCAAUAUCAUCGAACGGAAGUUCAUAAACAUACCGGAAAUCGAUUUGACCUCACCGAUCAAGAAUCAAGCCGUCGAAGAAGGUUUGUCCUCGACGAGUGUUUCUCACCAAAGUGAUACUGGCUGAACUUUUUCAUUCAAGAGAUCACUCCGAGUUGUUUCCUUCUGCGUCGGUUUGCUAGCACAAAUGUAUGAACAAACGACGCUAUUGAAUUAUUUAUUAACAGAAUUAUCUGUUACUUCGAACACUGGCAGAUUUGCAUGUAGAUUCAAGCUUCAAAAUUUUAUUAAAUCACGUGUAAUAGAAUAUGAACGAUUUUUUAAAUUUAACAUAUUAAAGAAAAACGUAUUUUCUGAAAAGCAUCGAUGUAAACUUCAGUAAUACGAAAUACGACUGAUGUACGAAGCUCAUAGAGGUUAAUUUUUUUUACUAUAAACCGUCGAAUGUCGGAAGCUUUAUGAAAUUAGUGAAAUUAAUCGCCAUACGUGACUUCUCAAAAAAAUAGACAUUUAUUUCGAGACAUUCCAUUUUGUAUUUUCUCACACGUUUAUGGAGCUGAAUUUUCUUUUGCAUGUGUUGAUGCAAAGUUCCUUGGAAUGUAUAGUCUGUAAUAAAAUGAUUUGACAGGCUGUAACACUUGUCAAAAAAGUCAAUAAAGUGCUGAUUAUUUA